AUGGCUAUGGCGGUAGGAGCAAGGGCGGCUGGGGAGCUGAGGUUCCCGACGGCGGUCCCGUGUGGGGCUGUCCGCCCACGCUCGUGCGCGCUCCCUCGGGUCACCGUCCCACGCGGCGGUGGCGGUCUCCCGGCGGCCGCAACUAAGAUUUCUGCAGUUCCCAGGAGGAAUGUGCUGUCAACAAUGCUCUCCACUUCGACGAUCCUGCUCUUGGGUCCGAGACAGAUCACCUUAGCAGAGACAACCGGUGGCGCAUUCAGGGAGUACAUCGACAUAUUUGAUGGCUACACUUUCCUGUACCCGAAGAGCUGGAUCCAGGUCCGGGGAGCUGGUGCAGACAUAUUCUUCAGAGACCCCUUCGUCCUCGACGAGAACAUGUCGGUCGAGAUAUCGUCGCCUUCGUCGUCCAAGUACACGAGCGUCGAGGAUCUCGGCCCUCCGGAGAAGGCUGCAGAGAAGGUGAACAUUAAAUCCUAUGCGAGCAACAACGAGCUGGCGGUGAUGCCGCAGGACAGGGUGCAGAGCCUGGAGUGGGACCGCCGAUACCUGUCGGUGCUCGGCGUCGAGAACAAGCGGCUCUACGAGCUCCGGCUGCAGACGCCAGAGCAGGUGUUCAUGCAGGAAGAGGACGACCUCAGAAGAGUCAUGGACUCCUUCAGGGUCAUCAAGGCGGCGUAG